AUGAGGGAAUCUGAUGUUUAUCGCGAUAAAAAAGAGAAUAUGUUGCACCAAUAUGUUAUCUUGCAGCUCUUCAAAACUGCAACAGCAAAAAAGUCGAAAAAAGGGCAAAUUGGAAGCAGUGAUGAACUGGAUGAAUUGGUGGAAAAUGGCGUGAAUGGGAUGGGACAUUCGAAGAAGGUCACGAUUUUGACAUCAAAAAGGAGUAGCGCCUUGCAUGAUAGCUGUGAUAUGUUGAUCGAGAGCACCAUCUCGCUAUCGGCUAUGGCCAAAAUGCGAGCAUUCUACACUGCUCCGAUCACUAAAUUCUGGUCUUGGUGCAUCGCAUUCAUGAUCUUUCUGAUGUUUUCCUCAUACGUUCUGCUUAUCGAGACUCCAGUCAAUCCUACUAAUAUUGAAUACGCCACUUUAGCCUAUAUUCUAGUCUAUACCGUGGAACAUCUUCGAAAGCUUCUCGAUCAAGAAACUCCUAAACUCAGAGAGAAAUGUCGAGUUUUCUAUACAAAGUAUUAUAAUCUUCUCACGGCUACAGCUUUGCUUUUCUUUCUCGUCGGAUUUGGAUUUCGUAUGCAGCCACACCUUCGUCACUCAUAUGGAAGAGUUAUCCUCUCUUGCAGCAAUGUGCUAUGGUACAUGAAGGUACGUUCAUACAUUGCUCAUAAAUUCCGUUUAAAACAAGGGAAAACUUAAAU